AUGGCACUCAGCAGCGAGUACGACAGCAGGGAAUUGCUCCAAGCGCAGGUCGAGCUGUGGAACCAGACCUACAGCUUUAUGAAGUCGGUGGCACUCGCCGUUGCCUUGGACCUCCGCAUCGCCGAUGCGAUCCACUGCUGCGGUGGCGCCGCCACCCUCUCCCAGAUACUCGGAGAGAUUGGUGUCAACCCUUGUAAGCUUGCCGGUCUCCGGCGCCUAAUGCGUGUUCUCACCGUCUCAGGAAUCUUUACCAUCCAGCCUUCAUCAGCAGAAGCCACAUCGUCGGAGUCGGACGGGCGCGAACCUGUCUAUAAGCUGACAACAGCAUCCCGCCUCCUCGUCAGCAGCAACAGCGGCGGCGAGAGCUCGGUGACGGCGAGCUUGUCUCCUAUGCUGAACCACGUGCUUAGCCCCUUCCGUGACUCGCCGCUCAGCAUGGGGCUUACUGCGUGGUUCCGGCAUGAUGAAGAUGAACAGGCGCCUAGGCCUGGCCCUUGCCCGUUCACCCUGAUGCACGGAGGGACCUUGUGGGAGGUGUCCGGGCGUGACCACGCAGUAAACGCGUCGGUCAACAACGCCAUGGCUGCAGAUAGCCACUUCCUAAUGCAGGUUGUCUUGAAGGAGUUUGGCGACAUCUUCCAUGGGAUAAACUCGCUGGUCGACGUCGCUGGCGGGCUUGGAGGAGCUGCCGUGGCCAUCGCGGCGGCGUUUCCGUGUUUGAAGUGUACCGUGCUGGACCUCCCUCACGUUGUUGCCAAGGCUCCUUCCAUUUCUAUUGGCAACGUGCAGUUUGUUGCUGGUGACAUGUUUGAGAGCAUUCCACUAGCAGAUGCUGUCUUCCUCAAGUGGAUUUUUCAUGACUGGAGCGAUGACGAGUGUAUCAAGAUAUUAAAGAAUUGCAAGCAAGCUAUCCCUUCUAGAGAUGCAGGAGGGAAGGUAAUAAUCAUUGAUAUUGUGGUUGGAUCUAAGUCAUCAGACACUAAGCUUCUAGAGACACAAAUAAUAUGUGAUCUCGAUAUCAUGAAAAUUGGUGGUGUUGAACGAGGUGAGCAAGAGUGGAAGAAAAUAUUCCUCGAAGCUGGAUUUAAUGACUACAAUAUUAUGCCGGUUUUGGGCCUCCGAUCGAUCAUUGAGCUAUAUCCAUGA